GAGGCGUCCCUCUACUUCAUAUACCUUUCUCUGCGCCUCAACCCAUCUUCUCCUCAUCAUUAUUUUCUCAAGGGAAAAAUACAGUCGUUUAGAGAGAGAAAGAGGUACUAGAGAGAGAUAGAGAAACAAGUACUGCCUCUGGGUUUUGGCAAUCGGAGCCGAAGGAAGACAUUCGGGCCGAGUUUUGGAGGGAUUUUUGGUGACGAUUGCAACUAUCAAGACUUAGAGAUGGCUACGAGAGUUACAGCUCCAGAGCAACCAAGAGUUGAAGGGAAGCAGAAGAAUGGAGCACAGGCUGAAGGCAGAAAUAGGAGAGUUUUGCGAGACAUUGGGAACAUGGUGGCUGCAGCUCCUGCUGUUGAGUUGAAGCAUCAAAAUCAGAUCACUCGCCCCAUUACUAGGAGUUUUGGCGCACAGUUGUUGGCAAAUGCCCAAGCAGCCGCUGAGAAGAACAACUUCAAGAAGCCAUUAGCCGAGAAUGCAAAUGUGCUGGUUGGAAAAGAUGGGGCUGCAAAAGCGGCUGUUCCUGAUAAGAAGGAACCUCUGAAGAUGAAGACUAAUGAAGCCAUGGUUGUUAGUAGUCCCCCAAAAGAAAAAGGCUACAAAAGUGGUGAAAAAGUGAGGGAAGGAUCAUCUAAGAAGCACAACAAGACUCUCACCUCAAUCCUCACGGCUCGUAGCAAGGUUGCUUGUGGAAUUACGAAGAGGCCUAAGGAUCUGAUAGUGGAUAUUGACGCUGCUGACAUGGACAACGAGCUGGCGGCAGUCGAGUAUGUGGAGGAUAUCUACAAAUUCUACAAGCUUGCUGAGGAUGAUGGCCGGGUUCGCGACUACAUGAAUUCACAGAAAGAAAUAAACUCAAAGAUGAGGGCCAUUCUUGUGGACUGGCUUGUUGAAGUCCACAAGAAGUUUGAACUGAUGCCAGAGAGCCUUUACCUUACGAUCAACAUCGUGGAUCGGUUUCUUUCCGUUAAAGCCGUCCCAAGGAGGGAGCUUCAGUUGGUGGGCAUUAGCUCAAUGCUAGUUGCAUGCAAGUAUGAAGAGAUAUGGGCACCCGAGGUGAGCGAUUUCAUAGCUAUAUCAGACAAUGCUUACGUGAGAGAGCAAGUGCUUCUCAUGGAAAAAGCGAUUCUUGGGAAACUCGAGUGGUACCUAACAGUUCCAACUCCAUACGUCUUUCUGGUUCGGUACAUCAAGGCUUCUAUCCCAGCUGAUAACGAGAUGGAGAACAUGACAUAUUUCUUUGCUGAGCUUGGGUUAACAAAUUAUGUGACCAUCAUAAGCUACAGCCCUUCUAUGCUUGCUGCUAGUGCCGUGUAUGCUGCACGUUGCACGCUCAAUAGGACCCCUUCUUGGACUCAAACCUUGAAGCACCACACGGGCUACUCUGAAGAUCAGCUUAUGGAGUGUGCGAAGUUGCUGGCGGGGUUCCAUUCGGGGCUUGCAGAAAAUAAGCUGAAAGCAGUUUCAAGGAAGUACUCAAAACCGGAGAGAAGUGCUGUUGCUUUGUUUCCUCCGGCAAGAACCCUUCUUCUAGCAGACUGAAGUGAUUUUCCUUACAUUUUUUCAGUUGAUUUUAAGUAAAAAUCACUGUAUUAACUGGGGCAUUGUUUGUGUGUUUAUAUAUAAACCGAGCGUUUAUUAUGUAUGAAGUUUAAGUUGUUUUGCAUUCCAUGCUGUGUGUGAAGCUUUGUUUUGUUGUGUUCAGCUUUGAAAUUUGUAUAUAAACCUUAUGUACUUAAAAAUGCUGUCCACUGGUGCUGCUGCCGUUCUGCAGUAUCUUGACUAAACAAAGACAUUAAAGAGUUUGGCCACUGCUGCUUAUGAUAAUUACAUUCGAA